GGUGAAAUUACAACAACGAAGGAACUAUCGUCAACGCAAGACGAUGAAUACAACUUGACAGUGAUGGCCAGUGACUUGGGACGACCGGCGCUAAAGAGUACACAUGAUAUCCGAAUUGAAGUCUUCUCGCACACAAACAAAAGUCCACAUUUCAAACAAAGCGAAUAUACAGUGGAUGUGAGCAGUGAUGCAACAGCUGGACAGAAUAUCACGCAAGUGAGUGCUGGUCUCGACGGUAUUACCUACUCACUGGACGACUCAUUCUCGGGUCUGUUCGAAAUUUCCAACGAUGGUGUAGUCAGCCUCGGAAGGAAACCAAUCAAAUCUGAGCAAAAUCGCUAUCAUAUCAUCAAAAUAACGGCAACCAACAAGCAAGGCGAAAGCGCAACCACUACGCUGAACGUAUUUCUAAAUGGUGAGAAGAUCACAGUAGUAGCAACAACAACGUCUUCGGCAUCAACCGAGCGAUGCCAUUUCCUGUCGAAGUUGUACAAUGCACAAAUUCGUGAGAAUCAAUUGGGAAGACACAAAUUAGUCAAGGUGACAUCGAACUGUGAGAAAGAGGGUCGACCAGUGGAAUACGUUAUCGCUCAAGGAUCAGCGGAAUUCGAAAUGGAUCAGCACAGCGGUGAACUGUAUGUUUUGGGUCCGUUGGAUCGCGAGAAACGAAGUCUUCACUUUAUCAUCGUGAACGUAACUGAAGUGGGAAGUAACACCAGCGCCACUCGUUCCACACGACAAAUCAAUCCAGUGAUUGAACAUACGAAGUCAAAACUGGAAGCCUGGCAAACGUUGAUAGCUGUUCAUGUGAUUGAUGAAAAUGACAACGAGCCUCAGUUUGUGAAAUUGAAUUCUGAUGGUAUUUAUGUGUUUUCGGUGGACUGGCAAGCACCUGUACUCACACCGAUCGCUCGUAUCCAUGCUGAAGAUGCUGACGGGCGUGUACCGUUAACUUAUUCCAUAUCUGAAGCAACGAUUCCAUACGCGAAGCAUUUCAUGUUGAAUCAAACCAGUGGACUAAUAACACUCUCCAAAGCGUUGAUCAAUGAUCGUGAAGAUGUGUACGACUUUGAAGUGGUGGUCAGUGAUGGCUUGCACAAUGUUUCGGUCCCAAUUGAGAUCUAUCGUUUAGCUCCCGAAACCAAUAUCGUUCUCUUGUCGGCAGAUGUUCCUCAGCAUGAUAUCGAAGACUGGGUGGUGGAGAGGAAAAUGAGCGAAUUAACCGAUAAGGACGUACACGUUCUCGUCAAGCAAGCUUACGUUAACGAUGAAGGACAAGUUAAUCCACAAAGAAUCCUCGAACAGAGCCGUAGUGCACUUGACACUGAAUUACCUAAGCUGGCGGUAACAUUACCAGCCGUCGACUCAACCGGACGUAUUUCAAUGCUUGAGCUUGCACUGAUCUUGAUUUGCGUCAUUCUACUCCUACUCGCAUUCUGUAUGCUCUUCUACAUUGCCAAAUACUGCAAACGCCGAAUAAAAGGUGAACUGAGUGGAGAGUAUAUGGUCGACAGUCAGACAGCAGGACCACGACCGUAUGAUGUUGAACAAAUCGACCGAAAAACUGCACAAACCAUACUAUCCUCUCGACCACUGCCAGAUCCUUACGAAGAGACUAAAACUUACGACAAAAAGCUGAAUGGAUCAUCUCCGCAGAAUCCCGUGGAUAAUCACGAUGGACUUCAGUAUGCAAACCGAACACUCAAUGUGCCAUUGAAAGCGAGAUUCAAAAACAUUUGUGUGACCAUAUUAGUGAAACGACGAUUGAGACUUCGCAAAGGCAUGCCACUGAACUUCGGUUACUUCUUAUUCAAGCUUAUCGGUCGCGAAACAGCACUUCUGGACACGAAAUAA